AUGGGGGCACUCUACAAAGAGAACCGCUUGGUGCCGGCCAUCAUCAUUACUGCGUCGUUGUGGUUCUUCUUCAUCCUGCUUGAUCCCGACAAUUUCCACCACGCAAUACAAAGUCCGCCGCCAGUGGUGCAGGUGGCUACAGAGUCUACACAACAGCCACACUGGCAAUUGGAGUUUGAAUCGCCGCAAGUCAAAUCACAACCAUUGCCAGCAACAACACCAUCAGCUCAAUCUCACUCCGACUCUCGCCCAUCAGCCACUCCCACCCACACCAAAAAUGAGACGCUCUCGCCCGAGGAUGUCUUGCUCAUCGUCAAAACCGGCGGCACCUCAAUGUGGAAGCGCCUCCUAGCCCACCUCCUCACCACCCUAGCACCAGAGCGCAUCCCACUGAAAAACACAGUGAUCUACUCAGACAGCUCCGACACCAUCGGCGCCUUCACGGUGAUCGACGUCCUGGCUAACACCAGCGCCGAGAUGCUCAACUCCCCAGAAUUCGACGUCUACCGGUCGCAGGUGUCCUACGCCGCGCACAAUGUCUACCUCGAGGCCGCCGGCGUGGACGGCGACGACUGGGGCCCGCAAGGCGGCUGGAUCAUCGACAAGUACAAGUUCGUGCCGCUCGUCCAGCACGCCGGGGAGAACUGGCCGGACGCGAAGUGGUACAUCUACACGGAGGACGACACGUACCUGUUCCUCUCCAGCGUGCUGCACUACCUCUCGGGCUUUGACCACCGCGAGCCCCACUGGCUCGGCAGCUACGCCGCCAAGUCGGACGUGGUGUUCGCGCAGGGCGGCGCGGGCUUCGCGCUCAGCCGGGGCGCGUGGGAGGCGAGCUUCGGGAGGAACAAGGCCAUGGCUGAGGAGUACGAGAGGUACACCGCGGACCACUGCUGCGGCGACCAGGUGCUGGGCCAUGCGCUCAACAAGUACGGCAUCAAGCUUGGCGAGAAUGGCGGGGACGAGGUGUUCCGGUACGGCUUUAACCCGCUCGUGCACUGGACCUUUGCAUUUGAAAAAUGGAGCUGGUGUCUGCCGCUUUACUCGUGGCAUAAAGUCCACGCGCGGGAUGUGGCGAGGUAUUACGAACUGGAAAAGACAUGGGACUACACAACUCCGUUCCGACAUGGAGAUUUCUUCGCGCAUAUGAUCGCCCCUGAGCUCGAGAAAAGGGCUGAGUGGUGGGACAACAUGUCGAGCAAAUAUCGGGUCACAUCGGCCAACACCGCCGACUCGCCAACGCCAGAAGGUCUGGAGAAUACCGACACAUGGGCGGGUGCAUGGGAAUCUGUUGAGGCCUGUGAAGCAGCUUGCAUGGCUUGGGAUAACUGCGUCCAAUGGAGCUUCGCAGAGGAUCUCUGCAAGAUGGAUGACAGGGCCAUCAUGGGGAAGGGCUAUGCGCCGGAGAUGCCACAGAGAAAAACGGCGCUCAAGACAACGAGUGGGUGGUUGAAAGAGAGGAUCGAGACGUGGGAUGCUUACUGUGAUAUUCAAAAUGCGCUGGGGACAAAAUGA